AUGUACCCUCAUUCUCCGCUGCCCAUUUAUGGUUUCAGCAGCCUGGAAUAUCCUCCUUGCCAUCAUUAUCCAAUACUACCUGCCUCUUGUUUCACUCUUGGCCCUUUGCCAUACAACACUGCAAUGUUGAUGCAAGGGAAUUAUGUGCAAGCAGCAACUGGCUUUGAUAAUCAUCACCACAUCAGUCAACCAGCAAACCUCGUACUUCUUUCUCCGGCUGGGGAGUACGAGGAGAACAACACUAAUAAUACUGGUGGCUGGUUUCAAGAAUCUGAUUACCAGUUUUCAAAUAUCUUCAUGCGGAUUAGGAUUGAGCCAGAAGAAGAGACUGCAUUGGUUGAACUGAGUCAUGGGCAGGAGCCUACGGUGUUUGAUCUGUAUGAAGAUUCGAAUGCUGAUGUUGAAGAAUCGGAUGGCCCUGGAGAUGAUUGGCUGGAAGAAACCAUCUCCCAACAUCUGAAGACUAGAAGGUAUCAUACAACACCUGGUGUAAAACAGGCUGAGCGUGAAGAGGCUGAAAUUUGUGUGGUGUGCCUGAGUGAGUACGAGAACGAAGAGAUAUUGGCGACCCUUGCAGUUUUCUGGAAUUCGGUAAUUCG